UAGGCCAUAUUACCUCAACAACCAAAAACUGUGCGACUGCAAGAAGGCAACAAGUGCAAAUGCCAAAACUGAAACUUAAAGCAGGGAGCAGGCCACCGUGGGUGGGCUUGGCAGCAGCAGUAUGGGUUGAGAUAUCUGCAGGGAACGGCUACAACUUCCCACUCUAUUCUUCUGCUCUGAAAUCAGUGUUGGGAUUCAGCCAGCAACAAAUCACGAUCUUGGGAGUGGCAAAUGAUUUUGGAGAGAAUGUUGGACUCCUCGCUGGUAUUGCCUGUAACAAGUUCCCUCCUUGGGCUGUGCUUCUUGUUGGGGUCUUCGCCUGUUUCUUGGGAUAUGGUGUUAUUUGGCUUGCUGUUAGCCAAACUAUCAUCGGUCUGCCUUACUGGGUGUUAUGGAUUGCGCUUGUGGUUGCCGCUAAUAGUAAUGCCUGGUUUGGCACAGCAGUGCUAGUAACUAACAUGAGGAAUUUUCCCCUAAGUAGAGGCACUGUUGCUGGCAUCCUCAAAGGUUAUGUUGGGAUCAGUGCUGCUGCAUAUACUGUAUUAUACAGCACACUGCUUGAACAGUCCGCCUCACAACUAUUGCUGUUCCUUACUCUUGGCAUUCCAGUUAUAUGUGUGGCCAUGAUGUACUUUAUCCGCCCUUGUGCUCCUCCUUCUGGAGAAGAUUCUUCAGUUCAUGCCCAUUUUAUUUUCACCCAAGCUGCUAGUGUCUUGCUUGCUAUCUAUCUUCUCACACUAACAGUAAUAUAUGACACGGUUUCUUUAAGUGAUGCUGUUUCUUACAUACUACUUGCCAUUGUGGUUAUCUUGCUGCUUUCUCCUCUUGGAAUUCCGGUCAAGAUGACACUUUUUCGAGCAAAUGCAGAGACAAUUACACCACUGGCAGGUUCAACAGAGCAUUUGGCUCAGGAAGGUGAUUCAACUCAAGCAGAGCCUUUAUUGUCACCAUCUUCGUCUGCAUCAAAUCUUGGAAGUUUCUUUGAAAGUGAAUAUGCCUCAGAUGUGGAAAUUCUUCUUGCUGUUGGAGAGGGGGCAGUGAAGAAGAAAAGAAGACCAAGGCGGGGGGAGGACUUCAAGUUUCAUGAAGCUUUUGUCAAGGCUGAUUUUUGGCUUCUUUGGGUUAUAUAUUUUCUUGGAGUUGGUUCUGGUGUUACCGUUCUAAAUAACUUGGCUCAAAUUGGAGUUGCAUUUGGUGUAGAUAAUACAACAAUAUUGCUCUCUCUUUUCAGCUUCUGCAAUUUUGUUGGUCGACUUGGUUCGGGUGCUCUUUCAGAACACUUUGUCAGGACACGAGCCAUUCCUCGAACAUUGUGGAUGACAUGCACACUAAUCAUUAUGGUCUUAGCAUUUGUUCUGUAUGCAUUAGCUCUCAAUGGUACUCUUUAUGUUUCAACUGCUCUGCUUGGUGUCUGCUGCGGCUUUCAAUAUAAUCUCAUGGUUCCAACGGCAUCUGAACUUUUUGGCUUAAAACAUUUUGGUGUCAUUUAUAACUUCAUGCUGCUAGGCAAUCCGGUAGGCGCACUUCUUUUCUCAGGUCUGCUUGCCGGUUAUGUUUACGAUGCUGAAGCCGCUAAGCAAGGAAGUUCCACCUGCUUGGGCCCUGAGUGCUUCAGGCUCACAUUCUUUGUUUUAGCAGGCAUCUGUGGGCUAGGCACCUUCUUGAGCAUAUUUUUGACAAUUAGAUUACGACCAGUUUAUAAGAUGCUAUAUUCUUCUGGUUCAUUUCGUCUUCCUCAAGCUUCAGACCACUGAUAAAUGGAAGUUAUCAUGCCUAGGAAUAAAAGUGGUAGCAUGCCUGUUUUAUAUCGGUUUGCUGCAUGGAUUUUGCUCUCUAGACAGUCCCUUGCAUUAGCCAGGUGUUGUCAUCAUAUCUGGUACAAAUUUUACUGCAUUUUUGAGUCUAUCCCAAGUAAAGAUGUUUGUUGAGCUUAGCGCCCAUAUGUUUGGUAAGACUUUAUUACUUUAAUUCCCUCUAGUGAUCAUAUUCAGAGGGUUUUAUGAUUAAUUUAAUUUACUCAAAUCAUUUUAUUAUCCUUCUUAGGGAAUAUUGGUUCCCAUGAAUCUUUGCACUCUAAAUUAAUCAAAGAUUUAUAGUAUAUAUACACAAUUGAACUCAA